UUGCCUCGGAGCGGAGCGCCGACAACCGCCUUUUCGACGAUGCCUCUUCCAACUUCAUCAUCGACACCAGUGGCAGCGCGGCACUUGCCCGGGCCGCCGGCGUGGCCGACUCCGACGACGAGGAUGCCGACGCCUCGGACGACCAGAUGGACGGCGAGGAGCGGGCCCUGUCCCGCGCGCGUGCCCGCCAGCGCAAGGCCGGGUCCCAGGCCCCGCUCUGGAGCGACUCGCACCAGGGCGCCGGGUCGCGCCGCGAGCGCCUGGUGGCCUCGCGCCGCCGCGAUGCCGACACCGCCUCGACGGUGGCCCUGACCGACCUGGACCGCGAGCAGCGUCUGCGCCAGCAGUUCGAGCGGAAGAACCCCUCGCGCGCGUGGGCCGACCUCGAGCUGGCCGCCGACCGCCAGGCCCUGGACCAGGAGCGCUUCGGCAGCGACGCGGCUGCCCUGCUGGCCAGCGCCACCCGGCAUCUGACCGACCCGAAUGCCGCCAAGCGCCAGCGUCGCGAGCGCGGUGGCCCGAGCCUGCACUGCUUCCGUGUGACGGACAUCAACCGCGCCGAGCGGAGCGAG